GACUGUUACAAGCUGAUACAUACAUCUAAGUUGUGGGAGGUGGUAAAUUAUCUCACAAGAGAGCACUUGCAGCACAAACUGGACUGCCAAGGCCACCCUACAUUUGAUCUGGCUUCAUUACAACAGUGGGGUUUUUGGUGGUGCGAGUGCUUGAAAUGUCAGCAGUGUACUUACAAAUCCAAGCGAUUUAAGCUGUACACAGAGAUUAACACCAACAAGUGUGGACCAAAAUCAGCAACAGUGAAUAGGGGGAAUCUAUGUGGCACUGACUCAAACCUUAAUAGCUACUACCAGCCUCAGAAAGAGAUGUCUGGGUGGAAACAUUCUAGGAGCUGCUUACAGGAAAAUGUAAAAUAAUAAAUAACGUUGUUACAGAAGAAAACAAAAAAGACAUGAGAAUAAGGGAAGAACUGAAAGAGUUGAACAAAUAUAGAAACGAGUCAAAAUGCAAGAUAAAUGUCCAGGCUGAUGGCAUGUAUAACACCAACUUGAACAGUGGUGUGGGGCGGACACCAUUUCAGCAUGCGACUCGAGUUUCUUAUACUGUUGCUGAAAAUGUAAUAUCUAAAAAAGCAAAUACAUGUAGUAGUCGCUGAGGCAGUUAAUAAGUUAUGUUCAAAACAUGGAUUCCACACAAAAGGAAGAAUGUGAUAUAAAAUCCAGACCAUGCUCCGCCACCGCCAGAAUUAAGACAACGAGAGGCACUGUUUUGAAGACCUGCACAAGGAUGGAAAAUGAACUUGGAAAUAAAUUUCUGAACUAGUGCUUACCAGGCUGCACUGGAUCUGUACAAUGAGAAAAUCACCAGCACAGAGCUGUUUCAUCGGUUUGACACGAGGCAUCUUGCUGAAAAUCACCGAAAGCAAAUGCAUAACUGCCCGAGAAUUUAAGCAUGAUGCCUGGUCAUAACGCAGCGUACAGGAAUUAUCUAUGCAACAGAUUCUCACUUGAUCUAAAAAUAACUGAAAAGAUUAAGUACUGGGUCAACACAAUCAAACUAUGUGGUUCCCGCUUACAUUCUCUGGUCUGUAAGUGUCAACCAAGAACAACUGGCUUAUUAGGAGCCCUUUUCUUUAAAAAAGCUGCAGAAUUAGUUUGACAAGCCUAGCUAAUCAUGACACCAUGUUAGACUGGAUUGAGUUUCAGCUUGGUGAAGAUAGUGUAUGCUUCAAAAAACCCGCCUCAACUCGAACUCUCAAAAAGUUGAGGGCACAAACAGAUAUAUCAAAAGAAGCUUACCGAAAAAUGUCACAUUUACACAAAAUUUCCUGGGUAGGUUAAACAGCGCUGUAUACUCAGUAAACAAUGGUCCGGGCGAAUCCCUAAUAAAACUCUGCAAGGCGGCAAAAUGAGUUGCUUGUCAGCUACGUCAGGAACAAUUACAAAAGAGAGAAAUGACAUUGCAUUUUAAAUAAAAAAGAAUGAAAAGAUGUCAAAUAGUGUACAAAUUGCGUGAAUGACAACAGUCUUCGUGCAACACAUGGAAACAGAGUAAUGAAAAGUAUGGUGGAGAAUUUGAGGACACAUUUUAAAUGGCAUAAAACUGUGUCAACUAUUGCUUCCCAAGAUUUUUUGGUGGACGAAGACAAGAUGAAAAGCCUAAGAAACCUGCAACACAUUUUAUGUUGUACUACAAGAAUAUAAAGAGCAGUCUAGAUAAAAACAAUCCAGAUAUAAAGAUCACAGAGAAGGUUAAACUGGCAAGCAUGAAGUACAAAGAUUUAUCACCAGAAGAGAAGCAGAAAUUAAAUGCACAGAGUGAGAAACUCCUUGAGGAGUAUAGAGAGAAGAUGGAGAAAUGGCGAAGUUCACUUUCAUCGGAGGAAAAGGAUGCUCUCAAGGCAGAACAUAGGGAACAGAGGGAAAAGAAAGAAAAAAGAAAAAUAGCAAAGCUACAAAGACAGAAUGAGAUGCCUAGGAGACAAGGAACAUCAUUUAGCAUGUAUGUUUCUGAUCAGCUUAAAGCCAUCAAUUUACAGUUUAUGUCCCCAACUGAACGGCUGGAAGCUGUUAGAAGGAAUAUGUCAGAGUGUUCUCAACGCUGGAAGGCCAUGCCAGAAGCAGAGAAAGAGAUUUACAACAAGCGGGCUGCAGAGGAGCAGGAACUUCAUGAAGCUGAGAUGCUUCAGUGGGAACAGAACAUGAUAGAGGAGGGCAAGGAGAAACUUAUCAGGAAAAAGACACUGAAAAAACAUCAGACCGAGGUACGUAAAGCAGACAAGGAAGCUGCUAAGGCAACAGCGUCUUCAAAUAAAACUGUUUCAAAGAAAUCAGGGGUAAAAUCAACAAAGGCUCUGGAAACAAAAGCAGGGAAAUCUGCUCCAAAGAAACAGUCUGCUCCAAGGAAACAAUCUACUCCAAAGAAACACGUGCAUUUUGAAGAAAGUGGCACGCUUGGAAAGAAGGAUUUUUAUUCCUCUGACUCUGAAUGAAAUAUCGGAGACCUUAAUGGUGUUGAAGUAACGACACGGUACGAAUGUGAAGAUGAAGCUUUUCACUGCCAGUAUGUAUCAAACAGUUGGUAAAUAGGUGUGCUGUCUGACAAGAGACAGCUCUUGGUAAAUGACCAAGUGUGUGUGUAAUCAUCCAGUAUUGAAUAUUUAUGUAUGUAGAGGUUGUAUUAUUGUUAUCACUCUCAAUUCAGUGUCUGUCAGCUGACCCCAAAUGACUUUUUCUUCAGUUAUUUGAUUCUCCUCUGCGACUACCUAAUUGAAUCUGAUGAAAUUUUGCAUGACAAUUCAAGGUAAGGUCUCUUUUCAAAAUUAUAUACUGUUAGCUGAAUGUAACAAUGUCAUAACUAUAAGAAGAAAAGUCUCCUGAAGACAAUAUUGGACCAAUUUUAAAAUAUUUUCACAGUAAAUUUUUCUAGAUGGCCCUUUACAAGGAUUGUUCAAAUCCAAACAAGCUAAGUAUUACAGCAAGGGCAUGGUCACUUCCAGAAAGUACUUUGUCAGAACAGGUGGCCCAGUUUUUUGGUGACUUUCUACCAAGAUGAUUCAGACACAAUUUGUCCAAAGAAAAUAUUGCCAGAGGGCAUUGUGUCAUUUUCUCCUUUAUGUAAAACAAAAAAAAAUAUAUUGUUAAAAAACUGUUGGCCAGAUUUAUAAAUAAUUUCACACACGUGAUGCUCUUAAUAAUCAUGUGUUACUUAGAGUUUUGAACUGUGCUUUUGUUAAGAAACCUUGUUAUUAUUUUGUUUUUGUUCAGGAGAAAGUAACAAAAUCGUAAGUGUAAAAUAAAAGAGGAUAUUGGUUUGUUUCAGUGUAAGUUAGAAGUACCGGUAUAUGUUACUGUCUGAACAACAAAUGCAAUAUUUUCACAUAACAGCUAUGACUCAUAAAAAGUAGAAACAAAGUUCAAAUGCUUUUAUUUUGAUGCUUCAGGGAUCAUCCUACAAGGGGAUUUGAGCGAUAUUGUCGCUUUAAAGUCGGCCACUUCGCCUAAUUAUCGCCUCCGGGCGAAAUCCAAAUCGCCGAGUUUUUUUCAGCGAGUUAUUAUCUGUUUACUUAAAGUUGUAAAACUUGAUGCAUAUUGUAGAUUAAAUUAUCGAUAAAUCCAUAGUCAACCCUGCCUACUCGCCUGUCAAACUUCAGCCAAUCGUAGCGUUAAUAUUCCACAGUGUCAAUAAUAUUGUAAGCCGCUGCCAUUUUGAAAAUUUUCAAUCGGCGUGUAAAAAGCCGAUAAACUUAACGAGAGCAUGAUCUUAUGCAACAAUUGUAUAUUAUUCUUUCAUUUUAUUAAAGAUUACUUCAACAGUGGUAUAUAUAAAAAAUGAUUUCGUGGACGUCAGAACUGCCGUACAAAAUGUUGUAAAAAGAUCGCCAUUAUCUACGAGUUUGAUAUUAUUUUUGAAAAAAAUAAUAAAUAAAUAAAUUAAAUGUAUAAAUCUGAACAAGUUGAUGCAAAAAUCGGGCAUUAUAAAAGCACGAGAAUUGAAACAUGAAUGAAAAUUUUCACGGCGUUUUGAUCGUGCCCCUGUUAAAUUUACGAGUUUCGGACAUGUGAAUUUCGGAUAAAAAUUUAAGGGCAACUUUUUCAUAGCUAAGUUUAUACUUUAUUUAGAAAUUCAUGAAAAUGAUAAUGCAAGAAUCAAUUUCCUUAAAUAAUUACUGUUUAUAAGUUACAGCUAGACCCACAGAAAAUGGAUAUAUAUAGGCAGAAAACUGAAUGCUAUGCCGAUUCUUCUCCUUAAAUUCCUCAACUUCUCCCUAAAUUCUGUGGAGGGAGAAGUCACUUCUCCCUAACAUUUUGACCUAGGAUGAUCCAUGUACUUUAAGUUUGGACCAAAUCAUAUCCUCUAUACAUGGAUAUGGCUGAUGAAGACCUUAUUGUCUUUGUUUGUAACUGUUGUAUACUGCAUGCUACCUCGAUUAUCCAGUAAUCAGCUUCAAGGCUAGGACAUUAUUGGUUUAAUGUUUCUGGUCUUUAUUUUGCUUUCAGUUGUCCCAAUUGUAUGAAAUAUAAUGCACUGUUGUUUUGUUGCAUGUUUUUAAGUUUCCCCUCUGCUUUGUUGAGUAGUAUUAGUAU